UCCGGUGCGUGGUUACCAGGGUUACCAAUGAAAGCGACGUCGAAGUGAUCCAAAAAUAAAUCUAGGAAAACCAUACAGAUUAGAUAAAUGCAUAAAUAGGUACAUCUGAAUAUAUAAUUCGCGGAGUUUGUUAGAUAUAAUCUAGCAUUAGCUAGUCAACAUCAGUUUUCUGCAUCGAUUUUGUUUCUAGCUAGCACGGUAGCUAUCAAUACUAGCUACGCCAGUACUUACAAUACAGUACUGAUGUUAGCUAGUUUCGUUAGCUACGCAGUAGUAGCUAACUUACCUUGAGUUUAUAAAGUGAAUCUUUUAGCAAAAUGAAGGUAAAUCUUUAGCACGGCCAUUCUAGAGAACCUCUGGGUCGCUUCACAUCAACGAUGUUUAUUUACCUCAGUAAGAAGAUUGCCAUCCCCAACAACAUACGACUGAAGUGUGUUUCAUGGAACAAAGACCAAGGCUUCAUAGCCUGUGGAGGGGAUGAUGGUCUUCUCAAAGUACUGAAGCUGGAGACACAAACAGACGAUGCCAAACUCAAAGGACUUGCAGCACCAAGCAAUUUGUCCAUGAACCAGACACUUGAAGGCCACAGUGGUGCAGUCCAGGUCGUGACGUGGAACGAGCAGUACCAGAAGCUCACCACAAGCGACCAGAAUGGCCUCAUUAUUGUGUGGAUGCUCUACAAAGGCUCGUGGUAUGAAGAGAUGAUCAACAACAGGAACAAGUCCGUGGUAAGGAGCAUGAGCUGGAAUGCAGACGGCCAGAAGAUUUGUAUUGUUUACGAGGACGGGGCAGUCAUAGUUGGAUCUGUAGAUGGUAACCGAAUCUGGGGGAAAGAGCUGAAGGGGAUUCAGCUGGCACACGUGGCCUGGUCCCCAGACAGCAAAAUCCUCCUUUUUGGGAUGGCCAAUGGGGAAGUCCACAUCUACGACAAUCAGGGAAACUUCAUUAUGAAGAUGACGGUCAGCUGUCUGCAUAACGUGACUGGAGCCAUCAGUAUUGCGGGGAUCCACUGGUACGCGGGUUCAGAGGGCUACGUGGAGCCAGACUGCCCCUGCUUGGCCAUCUGCUUCGAUAACGGAAGGUGUCAGGUCAUGCGCUACGAGAAUGAUGAAGCCCCAGUGUUCAUAGACACACUAAUGAAUGUGGCCAGUAUUCAGUGGAACCAGUGUGGCAGUGUGCUGGCUUUGGCCGGAUCCCUGAGGUCCGUGGCUAUGGAAAAGGAGGUCAACGUGGUGCAGUUCUACACUCCAUUUGGAGAGCAUUUGCGAACCCUGAAGGUACCUGGCAAGCAGAUGACAGCGGUAGCUUGGGAAGGGGGAGGACUAAGGAUUGGACUGGCUGUGGACUCCUACAUUUACUUUGCCAACAUAAGGCCUGAUUACAAGUGGGGCUACUGUUCCAGCACGGUGGUAUAUGCCUACACUAAGCCUGACCGGCAGGAGUACUGUGUUGUGUUCUGGGACACCAAGAACAAUGAGAAGUUUGUCAAGUAUGUCAAGAGCCUCAUGUCCAUCACCACGUCCGGAGACUUCUGCAUCCUGGCCACCAAGGCGGACCACACCCACCCACAGGAGGAUGCUGACGUUGAGUCUGGAAAUAAUGCCAUGUACGUUCUGGUUCUCUGUAACGCCAUUGGGACCCCACUGGAUUCCAAAUACAUUGACAUUGAUCCACUGUUCGUGACCAUGACUAAGACCCAUGUGGUCGCAGCAUCCAAGGAGGCCUUCUACACCUGGCAGUACCGCGUGGCCAAGAAGCUGACUGCCAUGGAGAUUAACCAGGUAGCCAGGACCAGGAAGGAGGGAAGAGAGAGGGUGUAUCAUAUUGAUGAUACCCCAUCGGGUACCAGUGAAGGCCACCUGGACUUUGCUAAGGCCUUUUCUGCAACACGAGACCCAAUUUGUUGCAUCACAGCAACAGACAAGACACUAAUUGUGGGCCGUGAAUCUGGCAUCAUUCACAAAUACAGCCUCCCAAAUGUUGCCCUGGUGCAGAAAUACUCCUUGAACUGCCGGGCUUACCAGCUUUCACUCAACUGUAACUCCAGUCGCCUGGCAAUAAUUGACAUUUCGGGAGUGCUGACAUUUUUGGACCUGGAGGUGCGUUUGUCUUCGGCGGAUGGUGCUGGCAGUCAAGCAGGUUCUGGCGACCCCUCCAAGUUUGAACGCAAGGAUGUCUGGGACAUGCAGUGGGCUAAUGACAACCCUGAUCUUUUUGCCAUGAUGGAAAAGACCAGGAUGUAUGUGUUUAGAAACCUUGACCCAGAGGAACCCAUUCAAACGUCUGGAUACAUCUGUAGCUUUGAAGACUUGGAAAUCAAAUCUGUCCUGCUGGAUGAAAUCAUGAAGGAUCCAGAGAGGCCAAACAAAGAUUACCUCAUCAACUUUGAGAUCCGGUCCCUCCGAGAUAGCCGGGCGCUGAUUGAGAAAGUGGGCAUUGAGGAUGCCUCCCAGUUCAUUGAAGACAACCCUCACCCCAGGCUCUGGCGCUUGUUGGCCGAGGCAGCCCUCCAGAAGCUAGACCUGAAGACCGCAGAGCAGGCUUUUGUCCGAUGCAAGGACUACCAGGGCAUUGAGUUUGUCAAAGGCCUGGGUAAUCUGCAGAGCGAGGCCAUGAAACAGGCUGAGGUAGCGGCGUAUUUUGGCCGCUUUGAGGAGGCAGAGAGAAUGUACCUUGACAUGGAUCGCAGGGACCUGGCCAUCAGCCUGAGGAUAAAGCUGGGCGACUGGUUCCGCGUCCUGCAGCUCCUGAAGACUGGAUCAGGUGACUGUGAUGAUGCGCUCCUGGAGCAGGCCCACAACGCCAUAGGGGACUACUUUGCCGACAGACAGAAGUGGGUGAAUGCAGUCCAGUACUACCUUCAGGGACGCAACCAGGAGAGGCUAGCAGAGUGUUACUACAUGCUGGAGGAUUACGAAGGCCUGGAACGACUGGCUAAUUCUCUACCGGAGAACCACAAACUGUUAAUGGACAUUGGCCAGAUGUUUGUUACUGUAGGCAUGUGCGAGCAGACCGUGAACGCGUACCUGAAGUGCAACCAGCCCAAGGCCGCGGUCGACGCCUGCGUUCAUCUAAAUCAGUGGAAUAAAGCCGUGGAGCUCGCCAAAAACCACAACAUGAAAGAGAUCAAGUCUCUUUUGGGCAAGUAUGCCUCUCACCUACUAGAGAAGAACAAGACUCUGGAGGCUGUGGAAUUGUACCGUAAAGCCCACCAUUUCCUAGACGCAGCUAAACUCAUGUUCAAGAUCGCAGAUGAGGAGGCUAAGAAAAGGACUCGGCCACUGAGGGUGAAGAAGCUCUACGUGCUGGCUGCUCUGCUUGUGGAGGACUUCCACAACCAAGUGAAGACAGCCCAGCUGAACCAGGCCAAGGGGAAGAAGUCAGAGGCUACGUCGGCUCUAGCUGGCCUGUUGGAGGAGGACUCCAGCUCCACAGACAACCGCAUUGUGGACAACGGCUGGCGCGGGGCUGAGGCCUACCACUUCUUCCUGCUGGCUCAGAGGCAGCUGUAUGAAGGCUACAUGGAGAACGCCAUGAAUACAGCCCUCCGCCUAAGGGACUACGAGGACAUCAUCCCACCAGUGGAGAUCUACUCCCUGCUUGCCGUCUGCUCUUCAGCCAACCGGGCCUUCAGCACGUGUUCCCAAGCCUUCAUUAAGCUGGAGUCUCUGGAGAGCCUGAGUACUGACCAGAGGCAACCCUACGAAGACCUGGCCCUGGAGAUCUUCACCAAGCACAGCCCCAAGGACUACCACACGUGGAAGGAACUGGACAGCGCUUCCGACGGAGCCGAGGGAAAACUGCCCUCCUGCAUUGUGACGGGCCAGACCAUCUCGGAGUACCAGUUCUGGAUGUGUGGCGUGUGUAAGCAUUGUGCUCUGGAGAAGGAGAUUGGCAACUACAACUUCUGCCCACUGUGUCACAGCCCGCUGGCGUGAAGUCCCAGAGCUUUCAAAUCGCUCUCCGCUUGGAGUUUUCAAAGGAUAAGGACCAAUUAUAUUUUUUAUGUCCCUGCAGGAAGUUGCGUUUGUGAGUCGUUAUGUCUGGCUAUGGUUUUGUUGAAUAUACAAGAACAAACAUGCAGUAUGUCUUAGCGCCCAAAACCCCUAGUUGCAGGAUUUUGAGAUUAGCCGGGUGGCUGUUGUACAUUGGCAGACACUUCACUCAGACUCAGUAAUUCGGUCCUGAUUGCAGCGUGUUUGAGGUCUGUCAAUCUGAAACCCCAAGUAAUCCACUACAGUAGUAAUUCAUAAUAAUUAAUAAUUAAUAAUUGUGUUGAUUAUAUGUUGGCAUGGUAUGUUAACAUCAUCAAGCUCUUCCUAGAUUAAAUAUAGCAUAGAAUAUUAUAUUGUAUUCUUAUUUUUUUUUUUUCAUUCAUCGCUAUGGUUUCGAUGUUUUAAAAAAAAUGUAUAUAGCUAUUGAUGCUUCUUUUGUUUGUUGACAGUGUAUGUUGCUAUUUGUUUACCUGUGAUAUUAUAAAGGUUCAACAACUCAACUAUUUUUGUGACAUGUCGAGGCAUAUACAUUUGUAACUGUUUUCAAUAAAUUAUUACUCAGCAUUUUUACUGAACAAAAUAGUUUCUUUACUUUAU